AUAGCGAAUUUUUUCGCGUUCCAUUGGAUCAACCGAGCGAGGCGUUACAUUCGUUUGAAGUUCGGCUGGAGAAGUGCUAAGAUGCGGUGAUAAAGAAAAAUAUGAGAAGGUGAUGAUCGGGAAGGCAUGAACUUUGGUGCAAUAUGGAAGCUAUGAUUCAAAAUAUUUCGGUGGGGACUCUGGCGACGGCCGCGGUAGUCCUCGUUGGCGUCGCCAUCAUCGGCAAGUUUCUCCUCAAUCAGCGAAGACAUCCCAACACUCCACCAGCUGUACCUGGAUGGCCUUUAAUUGGGAAUCUGCUUCAAUUGAGGGAGAAAAAACCCUUCCUCACAUUUGUAAAAUGGGCUGAAGAUUAUGGUCCGAUUUACUCGAUUAGAUGUGGAGCUUCCUCUAUGAUUGUUCUCAACUCGACUGAACUUGCCAAAGAGGUUCUAUUCAUAGCCUACAAAAGACCUCAAAAAAGCAAUUUCUCUAUAUCCUCGAAGUUUCAGCUAAAAGCUACAAUCUUCAAUUCUCUCAGAAACAAGUUCAAGUAUCAUAGUUUACAUUUGCUGAUAUACAUGAAUGGAACACCAAGAGAUGGAAAGACCAAGAAAGAAUACAUGCACAUAAAGGAAGACAGAUCAAAUGAAUUGCCAGUUCUAUUCUAUUUCAGUUCACGUGCUCAUGCCAAAAAAUGUCUUCAGAGUUUAGGCAAAGAUGUGGAGUCUAUUUAUGUGGAGGAACAUGGUAUGACGAUGACAAAGAAAGAGAUGCUUCAGAUCUUAGUUAUUGAUCCAAUGAUGGGAGCUAUCGAGGUCGACUGGAGGGAUUUCUUCCCAUACUUGAGAUGGGUUCCCAAUAAUAGCAUGGAAACAAAAAUUCGCCAGAUGGCAACACGCAAAAGGGCUGUAACAAAAGCCUUGAUCAAUGAACAAAGGCAACGUAUUGCUCGUAGAGAGGAAAUUAGUUAUGUGGAUUACUUGCUAUCAAAAGAGACUACACUAACUGAGGAGCAGUUCAUCGCAUUAGUUUGGGAAUCAAUCAUUGAGACAUCUGAUACAACAUUGAUCACAACAGAAUGGGCCAUGUAUGAACUUUCAAAGAAUCAGAAAUGCCAGGAUCGCCUUUACCAGGAAAUACAAAAAGUUUGUGGAUCGAAAAAAUUCUCAGAGGAAAAUAUUCAACAUUUACCUUAUCUAAGUGCUGUUUUCCACGAGACACUAAGAUUUCACUCUCCUGUGUCCAUCAUACCUCCAAGGCAUGUCCAUGAAGAUACUCAGCUGGGUGGCUAUAACAUUCCAGCGGGAACUGAUAUCAUCAUCAACUUAUAUGCAUGCAAUAUGCACAAGAAGGAUUGGGAGGAACCUGAAUCGUGGAAGCCUGAGAGAUUUUUAUCAGACAAAUAUGAACUAAUGGAUAUGCACAAGACAAUGGCUUUUGGAGGGGGAAAAAGGGCGUGCGCAGGCUCCCUUCAGGCAAUGCUAAUUUCUUGCACAGCUAUUGGCAGAUUAAUACAGGAGUUCCAUUGGAAGUUGAAGGAUGGCGAAGAAGACAAUAUUGAUACUGUGCAGCUCACAACGCACAAGCGCUUUCCAAUGCAAGCCUAUAUAAGAGCAAGGGGAAUCGAGAUUUGAUGCAGCUAUCUUUCUUAAUUUUCAUGGUUUAACUGGUGAAUUAUUGACUUACAAGAUAUAUUCUUGCGAAAUAGUUGGAGAAGUUUGAUGAACAUUUCCAGAAUAAGAUAGAAAGCUGAAGACUUUUUAGUCGACGGUCAAAUAGAACCUUUAUCAAGUUAAUUUGUGAUCAGUUUAUGCUAAAUUAUGUCAUGUCAAUUUGUAAAAGCCUAUUAAUUUCUAAUAACUUCUCAACCUUUUUUGAAGAAAACCAAUAAUUUUUUUUUAUAA